CAGCAAACUGCUAGACCAGGAGUUCAGCGUGACGGUGGCACAGUCUUCAUGCUCGGGAACUCCCAGGGGAUAAUCCCGCCUUCUGACUGUAGAUGAACCUGCUCUGCAGAUGAAUCAGCAAAUGCGGCUUCUGCCAGUCGGUGAUGGAGGAAGACUAGUUCCAGUGCCUAGUCUCAGUGAAGCUGAUAAAUACCAACCUCUAAGCCUUGUGAUUAAGAAAAGAAAAUGUUUGCUGUCAAAAAAAUCUAAAUUUGCUUCAACACCUUUCACGUUAAAAGACAUUCUUCAAGGGGAGAAAGAAAUUUCUGCAGGUGUCUCGUCUUACCAGUUGCUCAACUAUGAAGACAAAUCAGAUGUUUCACUUAAUGGUAGAAGAGGAAAUCAGAUAAUGAACGAUGUUGGUUUUGAUGUUGCUGGAUCAGAUUCUGUUGCCUUUAAAGCUUCAUUUGGCAUAGUGACCAAACAUGAGGUUGAAGUACCAACAUUGCUGAAAGAACUUACUGCAAGGAAAAUAAACUUUGACCAUUGUCUAGUCCAUCAAUCAAGAAAAAGUAGGAUGGAAAUUCUCUGCGUGGUCAUGGAAAGUAUUAGAACUACAAGGCAGUGCUCGUUAACUGUCCAUACUGGAAUGCGUGGAGAGACAAUGAGGUUUCACAUUAUUGAAGAUCAGAAUUCAAAAGGACGUGACAAAGCCAUCGUUUUUCCUGCACAUACAACUAUUGCUUUUAGUGUAUUUGAACUUUAUAUUCAUUUGGAUGGUAAUUUCGAACUCUGUGUGACUCCAAUUUCAAAAGGAGGAUUUGAAAAAGAGAAAUCAGGAUCAUCUUCGCUGACCAAAUUAAGGAGGUUAAAGAGUAAUCUGUUUCAUCGAAAUAAAAGAGCAGUGGCUAUCGUUGCUAACUCUGAUGCUUACUUGGAGGACCUUUUUACGGAUUAUUAUGAAAAAGCUGCGAGCAUGACUGAUCUCUCUACAAGCUAUCUCAGAGAAGGGUCUCAUAUCCGAAUUAAUUUACUUAAUAACAACAUCCCCAAAGGCCCCUGUGUCCUUUGUGGAAUGGGAAGCGCUAAAAGGGAGACAGUCUACGGGUGCCUGGAGUGCUCUUUUAACGGACAGAAGUACGUACGAUUGCAUGCUGUGCCCUGUUUUGACCUCUGGCAUAAGAGAGUAAAAUAACGGAGCUAGGUAAGUGCCUGUCGUCGCAGACACGGCCAUAACUGUGCCACAAAUUUUUCAGAAUUAGUAAUCAUGACUCAAAUUGUUGAAACGCAAAAUAGCGAAAGUGCAAAACAUUUUAUUACGCUGUUAUCUUCAAAUUAUUUGCUCACAGUCAAUGACCUUUUACUUGGAAAUUUCCUCAUGCAUUCCCAGACAUUGCUUUUCUUCUUUCUAGAACCUUCUCCUUUCAUUAUCACCAUAAUGAAAAAUGUACUUUUAAACUGAAUUUUCAUAAGGUCAAAAUACGUGCUAGAACUUACUUUAAGUUGUUUACACAAACUUGUUCUUAAACCCCAAUAUGUUGCCUUUAUUUAAACUGGCAUAUGAUGGUAAAAUGAGAAUAUUUGUUAAUAAUUUAAGUGUUCUCAUGAAUGUUUAAUUGAAGUAUCGGAUUAAAAAACAUGCUAAAACUUAGCUCAGUCUAAUGUUUAAUUUACAAAAGGGAACAACUAAAUCUAGGGACAGGCGUUUCAUAUUAGGAUGCCAUUACCGUAUGUCAAGUUUGUUUAGAUUACUAAAAAGCACCAGCCACUCCACCUUCUGCAUUUGGGUUUUAGGUCACACCUGCUCUUGACUUUCUUUUAUGCAUUCAGAAAAAAACUGCUUAGCAGAAAGCGUUUUGGAAGCUUAUGGAAAUAACAGAACCACAUCCUUCCAACAAGGCUUCAGGGGUGAGGGUCUUUAACGGGUGGAUCUCAAGCACAGAAAAUUGAGUCUGUUGAGAAUAUAAACAGCAGAGGGCACUACAGAAUUGUGCCCAGUACUGAGACUGGUUACUAGUUCACUGUUGAAGCUCUUCCUGUGCUAUCUUAAACUGGGGAAACGAUUAAAAAGUGUUUUUCUACCGCUUAGAAUGAUUUUAAGGAUAACCCAGGUAUGGAAGCUUUUUCACUCGUGCGGCCACUUUCACUGUGUACAGCUGAUUAUUACACGUUGAAAUGAAAUACAGCUAUUGCUUUGCACAAAUAUUACAACGACAUCUGCAUAAGCAGAGCAGUUAGUGAGCCUGAAGUACCGUCUAUUAACUAUUGCUACUUCUUUGCAUUUUUCCAAAGUGAGGGAAACCAAAAUGAUGCCCAAAUAAUUACUUAUGUUUAUAUAGAGUAUCUCCUAUCAUCUUCCACCUCAUCCAAGUAGAUCACGAUAGAGUAGAAUUUUAACUUGGUGCUGCUGAAUAAACUGGCUAACUUAGUAAUUUUACUAAGUCAAAGUUUAAAAAUCCACAUAAAACACUGCUUUUUCAUGAACCCCAAAUUAUUCAUGCUAAUAUUACAUCAAAGAGGUUAAGUUGCUUUAAAAAUAUUUGUGGUUUUAUUUUGACAUUCCACGUCCAGUGUUCAUUUAUUUUAAGGCCUUUUAUAGUUAAAUUUGCUGCAAACAGCAAUUCCUCAAGAAGCUAGCCUAGGAGCCUGCAGAGGUUUCGUGGAGUUACCUUCCUGCGAUUCUCUUUUCCCCUUUUCUUUUCCAGAGGACUGAGAAGUUAUGU